AUGGCAUUCUAUUAUGAACACCCCAAGGCAGAAAUCCCUCAUGGAUUUAGUGAGCGCCAAAAGCUUUACGUUCUUCAUCACCUCCUGAACUUUGCGUUCGGUCUGGCAAUAUUUUUGGAUAAAGUAGGUAUCGCCGCAGAGGUCGACGUCCUCAGGGCUAUAAUGGAUGGAAUUCCACCAUUAAAAGACAAACAUCUUCUCAUCAAGGACUCGAGGUUUGAAAAGGUUAAAGUAAGAAUUUACCAGCCAAAAACAUCAACCACUGGCCAAAGAAGAGGAAUCCUUUACUUGCACGGAGGAGUUGGACGGUUUGGAAGCAUUAAGGCCUACGAAAGAACGUGCCGCUAUUUUGCUAGGAACAGCAACUCAGUGGUUGUGUCUGUUGGGUACCGCCUAGCUCCUAAGCAUCCGUACCCGACCCAGUUUGAGGAUUGCCUGACGGCCGCCACACACUUCAUGAGGACCGCACAGGACUACGGAGUAGACCCUUCUCGCAUCAUCAUCUGUGGAGACAGCAGUGGAGGCACGCUCGCGGCCGCUGUCGCUCAGGCGCUGGCCAACAGAGGAGACCUCCCGAAGCCGAGAGCACAAAUACUAAUAUAUCCUUUUCUCCAGAGCGUGGACUUUAAUUUGCCUUCUUAUCAGCAGAACAAGGAUAUCCCCAUUUUGUUAAAAGAACGAACCAUUGUUCUUGGUUUGAAGUAUCUUAAUAUAGACUUGGAAACCAUGAAAUUAAUGUCCAAAUGGUCUCACGUUCCAGAAGAUUUGCAGCUGAAGUAUCAGAAAUGGGUGAGUGCUGACUGCAUCCCUCACGAGUUUAAAACAAGAGGCUACACACCAAGUACACCACUUCCACUCUUAAAAGACGUCGCCACGCAGUUCCAGCCUGUGUUUGACCCUGUUUUUUCCCCACUGCUGGCUGAAGACAGUGUUAUUGCUCGACUCCCUGAGGCUUUCAUUCUGACCUGUGAAUACGACGUGCUUAGAGACGACGGGCUGCUGUACAAGAAACGAUUAGAGGAUCACGGUGUAAAAGUGACCUGGUGCCAUCUGCAAGACGGAUUCCAUGGAACAGUAUUCUUGACUGUUUGGGGUGGGCUGCUAGCGUUCCAAUCAGAAGCCUUUGAACGAAUAUGCCGCUAUAUUGCCAAAAAGUGCAACUCAGUGGUUGUGUCUGUUGG